AUGCAAUAUGACCUUUCAUCAUUUAAUGUACGAAUCAUACCGAUGACUGAAGCCAAACAAGAUUUAAUUGAAUUAUCAACAAAUCCUUUAGAUGUAUGGAUAAAUACACAUUAUGAUGAAUUGUGUGCAGGUAUGACAUGUAAAAAUGCUCUAUUCUGCAAACCAUCAGACAUGAAAGACAAAAACUUUCAAAUGAGCAUUAAAGAUAAAUGUGAUAAGAAACAGAGAAGAAUAGAUGGUAAACAAACAUGGUGUUAUGUUUUGAAAGAAGAAAUGAAAGGAUUAUAUAAACAGGUUGAACCAAACGAUAAUGAGGAUUCAUUUACUGACGAUGAAAUACCUGUAAAUGAGCCGCUAAGCGGCGAGACCUGA